AUGUCGCAACCUUCCUCAUCCGCCCUUGGCCAUACCGAUUCCAAGGUGAAAUCUGAGGCCCUGAAGUUGGAUCCUCACGAGCUUGAGAGUAUCGGAGAUGCAGAUCAAACCAUCAUCUCUGAGGGUAGUCCUAAUCACCAGGUGGUCAGUUUCAACACAGAAGGGGCCAGCACCAUCGAGCAAGAUCCUUAUGUCCCCUUCCCCAUUGACCCCGAGGUUGUUGCGAUCGAGGAUGAGAAUAACAUCCUUCGCAUCAGGAGCAUCCUUCUCGGAAUGAUCUUGGGCGGUGUUGUGAAUGCAGCUAACCUUUAUCUCGGAUUAAAAACCGGUCUCACGUUCGUUGCAUCCCUCUUCGGAUCCCUACUAGGUUUUGCUGUGCUCAAGACUCUGAGCAAAGUUGUUCCGGAGAAUUUUCCUAUUCUCGGCGGCCCCUUUGGACCCAAGGAGAAUGCAAUCGUACAAACGAGUGCCACCGCUGCCGGCGGCCUGAGUAACAUUUUUGUCAGCGCCGUCCCAGCCAUGUACCAAAUGGGCCUCCUCAAAGACCCCAAGGCAGACUACCCCCGUAUUGCUGUUGUCACGCUCGGCGUGGCCUAUGUCGGCUUCUUCUUCGCAACACCGCUGCGCAAGAUAUUCAUCGUGCAGAUGGCGAGGCAGAUGGGACUUAUUUUCCCAACCUCGACCGCCACCGCUACCACGAUACAGUCCCUUCACAUCGCUACGGGCGGGCAGCAGAGUGCACGGGGAAAGAUUCGAGUUCUAUUGUAUUCCUUUCUAGGUGCUUUCAUCCUCCGCGUCGUGUCAAACUUCGCGCCUGGGAUCCUCUGGGACUGGCAUGUCUUUACCUGGAUUUACAUCUGGGGCAACUACAACAACCUGGCUAUUUGGGCAGAGAGCUGGGGCUGGUAUAUACAGUGGACACCUGCCGUCAUGGGCACUGGGAUGAUGGUCGGCAUGAACACAGCGUUGUCCAUUUUUGCAGGCUCUCUCCUCAGCUGGGGGGUCAUUGGACCAAUCCUCACUCGUACAGGCUCAGCUUCUGGUCUGGCCAUUGGUGGUGACAGUGAAGAAUGGAAGCCUCUGAUGACGUUUGCCAGUAUGAACCUCAAGGAUCCAGUGGGCAACCCCAGUCCUCGAUACUGGCUGCUUUGGCCUGGUGUGUUACUAAUGGUGGCUGUCUCCGUCGUGGAAGUUCUCUGCCAGCAUCAGAUCUUUCGACACAGUGCAUCCAUCGUCGUACGGGCUGUUGGCGCUGCGGCCUAUGCUGUGUUCAAAAAACUAGGCCGCACUCCACCGAGAGCCCUGGAGCGGUUUGCGAGGAACGACUCAAGCGAAGCGAACGAGUUCGAUCAUCAUACACACGAAAUUAAACCUUGGAUGUGGAUUGUUGGUUUAUUCGCCUCCAUUGUAGUAACUUGUGCAAGCGCUCGAGCACAAUGGGGGAUGCCCAUCGGCAUGACCAUCAUCUCCAUCAUCAUUGCCGUUCUAUUCACCCUCCUUGCUAUUCUCAGCACGGGAAUGACAGACAUGACACCGCUCACAGCCGUCUCCAAGUCGUCACAGUUAGUCCUGGGUGGUGUGACCCGCAAUGGCCAUUAUGACAAGGCGAGCGCAGAAACGUUGAACUCGAUUGGUGGUCUUGUGGCCGCCGGUGUUGCCAACCAAGCAACAGAUCUUACGGCCGACUUCCGCAUAGGCUUCCUACUCCGGACCCCCCCUCGGGCACAAUGGAUUGCUCAAGGCAUUGGAAGCCUGGCUGCCAUCUUCCUAGCACCCGCCAUCUUCCUCCUCUUCGCACAGGCUUACCCGUGUAUUCUAGACGUGUCUAGCGACUCGUGCGCCUACAGCGCGCCUUCUGCGACGGCAUGGAGGGCCGCCACGAUUGCCGCCACCAGCCCCACGCUGCCUAUCCCCAGAUCUUCGGGCAUCUUCGCCAUCUGCUUGGCAGUAGUGGGCAGUUUGACGACAGUGGUCAAGUACUUCUUCUUGGUGGGCCCUCGUCAGAAAUACCGCAAUUACCUCCCCAACUGGAUGGGUUUCGGCGUUAUGAUGGUUGUCCCCCAGCCGUGCAUUGGGCUGGCUGUCCUUAUCGGCGCCAUCGUAUCCAAGGCUUGGGAGAAGUUCAGACCUCGUAGCCACAAUGACUAUCUGUUUGCUGUUAUUGCGGGAAUGAUCUCAGGUGAGGGAGUCGGCGGGAUUUUCAACGCCAUCCUUGCCAUCGCUGGAGUAUCGGUUGAGACGACGGUGGGAUGUCCUGCUGGCAUGUGCUAG